AACAUUUUCAUUACCAGAAUUACUUCCUAGUCAAAGAACACUCCUUUCUCUAUCUUCUUCAACAUUUUGUUCUCAUUUUCCCAAGAUCCCUUCGAUUUGUUGUCUGAAAUCACUAUGUGUUUCUGAUAAAACAAUUCACUGGUUCAGUGACACCGGAUUCUCAUCUGGAUUAGAGAAUUUUCCACUUGUAGGAACGAAUAUGGAGGUGAUUCAUUCUUGGUCUGCUCCAAGGUCCUUGAGUACAAGCCUAAUGUACUCUUUUUCACAGAGGGAUGAUAUUGAAGUGCUUGAUGAGCCUCUCUAUGCAAAUUUCCUUAAAAUCAGUGGUUUUAACAGACCAUAUAGAGAACAACUACUUGCCGAAAUGGAAUCUGAUGGAAAUAAGGUUGUGAACGACAUAAUUUAUGGUACGGGAAACAAAAAGUAUAGAUUCUGUAAGCAUAUAUCAAAACAAAGGGUGCUUGGGUUGCCGGAAGAUUUAUUGAAGAAAGGAAAACACUUCAUUCUCAUAAGAAAUCCUCUUGACAUACUGCCAUCCUUUGACAAGGUUGUGCCCCCAUCUUUCUUUGAGUUGGGUUUGUUGGAGCUUGUUCAUAUAUACAAUGAACUCUCUGAGAGUGGAAAACCGCCGCCGGUUAUUGAUGCUGAAGAACUUCAAAAAGAUCCUGAGGCUACUUUACGGUGUCUUUGUGAUGAUUUGGAGAUUCCUUUUCAACCUUCAAUGCUCAGUUGGGAAGCAGGUCCAAAACCAAUAGAUGGCUUAUGGGCUCCUUGGUGGUAUAACACGGUACACAAAUCUACUGGUUUUAAGGAACAAAAGAAGUAUCCUAAGCCAUUUCCCUUUGCUCUCUAUGAUUUAUUGGAGCAAAGUCUACCUCUUUACAACAUACUUCGGCGCCAUGUAAGGAAGAAGUCAUCUCUUCUGAGCUCUCCUUUACCUCCUCCGGCCCUUCCGGUUCCCGCAAAUGAGAAACUGCUUGCUUGGGUCGGUGAUGAGAUUGUAACACGCGAGAAUGCCAGGGUUUCAGUGUUUGAUUCCGUUGCCCAAGGAGGCGACUCCGUUUGGGAGGGUCUUCGAGUGUAUAACAAAAAGAUAUUUAAACUUGAGGAACAUCUGGACAGGAUGUUCGAUUCAGCUAAAGCUCUGGCUUUUGAAAAUGUUCCAACUCGAAAUGAGAUUAAGGAAGCUAUUUUCAAGACCCUAAUUAGGAAUGGGAUGUUUGACAAUGCCCACAUACGACUUUCUCUAACACGAGGAAAAAAGGUUACUUCUGGGAUGAGUCCGGCAUUAAAUCUGUAUGGAUGCACAUUAAUUGUGCUUGCCGAAUGGAAGCCCCCUGUUUAUGAUAAUGAGCACGGUAUAGUUCUUGUAACUGCCACAACACGCCGUAACUCACCAAAUAAUUUGGAUUCAAAGAUACACCACAACAAUCUCCUGAACAACAUACUUGCAAAGGUUGAAAGCAAUAAUGCAAAAGCAGAUGACGCAAUCAUGCUGGACAAAGAUGGUUUUGUAUCCGAAACCAAUGCAACAAACAUCUUCAUAGUUAAGAAAGGCCGUGUUUUGACACCACAUGCUGAUUACUGUCUUCCUGGCAUUACUAGAGCAACUGUUAUGGAUCUUGUGGUGAAGGAGCAGUUUAUUUUAGAAGAGCGGAGAAUCAGCCUAUCAGAAGUGCAUACUGCAGAUGAGGUAUGGACAACAGGUACAAUGGGAGAACUAAGUCCAGUUGUGAAGGUUGAUGGACGCACAAUUGGUGAUGGAAAAGUAGGGCCAGUAACAAAAAAAUUGCAAGCUAGUUUUAAAAAAUUGACUGAAGAGUCCGGUGUACCAAUACAGGACUACCUCGAUAAUUGAAAGUUUGAACGCGGAAGUUAGUGAAAAUGGCUGUCGUGCCACUACUACCAAUCUUGGCAUUGCUUUUUUUCAAUCGAAAAUAAAAAUGUGUAUUACUUCAUCUUCUACCUAUCGGUUCUAGAUAAAUAAUGCAUAAAAUUAUGAGUUUACAAUGCAAUAUGAAACAGUAUCUCCAUUUUUAUCAAUUUUGUACUGGUGUGCACUAAUAGUAAUACAGAAGACUUCCUAUCUUUGUAGU